GGAACGCAGCUAGCAGAUACCCUACACAUAAUCUCAAACCUAGAAAGUUGCAACUCUUGAUCAUUUAACAAGUCCCAUAUCUUUCUAUACAUUCCAAUAUUCCUACAGAUGGAUCCAGUAACAAUAACCAUCAAUGGUAACGUGGUUCAUCACAGGGCUCAACGAGAAGGCGGAGCUCACUUCUGCCCCGACGCCUCGCAUACAAACUAUCUCAUACUGCAGUCUUUUUCUCCUCUAGACGAUUCGCAGAGAGAACAGCUAAGGGUGCUUGGGGUAGGCAUCCAACAAGUCAUUUCUGGCAAUACAUACUUUUGUAAAUACGAUCCGCACGAGCUGCAGGAACUCCGAUCGCUACCAUUCCUGCAUUUCAUUAACCCGUACCACCCAGAGUAUGUGGUUGAAGAUGCGCUCAAGGCUGGUGGCUCAAAAUCACCAGACGAGGAGCGACACGAGGUGUAUAUCACGCCCCAUGAUGAUUGCAGCUCACCUGAAGAUCUGAGAGCUCUCGCGCAGAAGAUCGCUGAUCGCCUCCACGUGGAUGCUGCCGACUUUGUACCACAGACCGGCUACCUUCGGGGAUACUUGAAGCCUGAGGAGCUCGACAUAGUAGCCAAAUUCGAUCAAGUUCGAUUCAUCAGCGAGGCCCAGGAAGAUGUUGCCUUCAAUUGGACUGCUCGUGGGGAUAUUAAUAUUCUGGAUGCCCAAGCAGCCGCAGCCAUGUUCAAAUCUGAGAAUGAAUAUGAGUGUGAAGGUGAGAUCGUGGCGGUAGCUGAUAUGGGCUUCGAUGCCGACCAUCCAGCUUUCGCAUCAGUCGGAUCAAGCAGCACUGGUUCCAGAGCAGUCGCCAAGAGUUGGCGACAGUUGGACCCUGGCGAUGUCACAGACUUGAAUGCCCAUGGAACCCACGUAGCAGGCAGUGUUGCUGGUAACUGGAACUCCCCGGGUGUACAGGCACCUAUCAUGGGUACAGCUCCCAAGGCAAAGCUAUACUGCCAAGUACUAUUUGAGAAGAAUGGCACCAAGAUCAAGUAUCCAGCUGAUCAAAGUUUCGAGACGGUUAUCAAGGAAGCAAAGGACAUAGGGGCUACUGUGCAUACGAAUUCAUGGGGCACCCCUCUAAGGAAAGUUGGAACCAACGUGGAGCAGAACGGCUACACUGUGGAAUCAGUGGCCGUUGACAAGGCAGCAUGGGACAACCGCGACUUUACCAUUCUAUUUGCCGCUGGAAAUGAUGGUCGUUAUGCAACGCCUGGAGGACAAAUCGGAGCUCAGGCGUCCUGCAAAAACUGUAUCACUGUUGGUGCUUGCGAGCCCUCCCAUCCCCUCGACUAUAACCCUGCUCGAGCACCCGUCAGUCGAUAUACCGUGGGACAGCCUCGAGGGAACACAAAUCGCAUGGGAUUCUUCAGUAGCGUGGGACCAACAAAAAACUCGUUGGAUACAGGAAGCAACAGUCGCAUCAAGCCAGAUGUCGUCGCUCCUGGAGCUUGUAUCUACUCUGCCAAGUCUAGGCAAGCUACACAAGUUGGAGAUGGAGCAGGCAAGCCAUUCGAUUAUCUCGGAACUCCGCCGGACAACACGUCGCCAAACGAUCUAUUCAUCUUCCAACAAGGCACUAGCAUGGCUACGCCGCUCGUGGCGGGCAGUUGUGCUGUGAUACGUAAAGCACUAAGUAUCGCACGAAUAUCCAUAACAUCAGCACUGAUUAAAGCUAUUCUGGUCAAUGGAACAACUGAUAUGACGACAGCCAGAGUAACUCAGCGCAUGAUAGGGAAAAGGCCCAUCACUCUCCCGCCAACAACUCCAGAGACAUUCCUCCCGGAAGCAGCAGUAGCUAUCUCACAGACACCAUCAUACCAGCAGGGCUUCGGCCGUAUAAAUCAAGCUAAGUCGCUGCUCUGUAUCCCAAGCAGUCAUGGGGAUUAUGGCGGAGUCUAUCCUCCGAGUGACCCGGCCGCGGCUGCACUGCCACUGGGUGUACUAAAGGAGAUCAUCAUCGAUAUCCCUACUGCACCCUCUACUGACGGCACAUCUCUUGGUACACUGGUACCCAAACUAACAGUUACCAUGUGCUACACUGACGCCCCGAGCGUACUCAACUCCGGGUCCUUGGUGAACAAAGUGGCUAUGAACGUCAAGGCAGGCGGGCAAGUCAGGUAUGGGAAUAAGUCGGAUACAGACACUGUGCCUGAUCGGGUAAAUAACGUGCAGAAAGUGGUAUGGACGAACAUCCCAGUCGGAGAAGCUAAGAUUUGCGUCAAAUGCUUGGUUUUGAAUUGGGGUAUUAAAGGCAGUGCACUUGGUGAUACCACAGGAGGACAGGAUUUCGCUGUCGCUUGGUACCUGGAAUGGAUGGAUUCAUCUGAUAAUCUUCAGUACCAGACACUGAGCAACAGCAUGACAUCUGUAGCUGCAAUUGCUGCUAUAAAGGCAUUUCAGGCAGAGGAAAAGAAACAAGAGGAAAAGGAACCAGAGAAAAAGGAACCAGAGAAAAAAGAACCAGAGGAUAAGCAAUGAGUUGCCGAAUAACUCAGAAAGCAAACACAGUUGCAUGAUCACUGUUGUGUACCGAACACGUUGCUGUGGACUUGUCCUUGAUUCGCGCUGUCGGCUUCAGCACGUUUCUGUUUAUGAUAGAUGCACCAAACAAUUGUUCGGCAGAUGUGUUAGAAAGGAAGUUAACUGAUAAAUGAGAAAGACGUAGGUGGCUUGCAGUCAAUCAUUGACAGUUGGGUUUGUUGUAGCAGGGUUCCAACUACCAAAUCACCGAGCCUCACCCCGAAAAACGAGGAGACAUCAUGACUGAUGAUAAAUCCUUGACUGCCCUUUUUUUUCGUAUGACUGAGUAGACUAUUGUAUUUAGGAAGGCUGACCGGGAUUUAUGCAGUGUAUAUUACUUGUCUAUCUCGUUUUGAGCGACGAAGUAAU